AUGAAAUACUCAGGACUCCAGAAAGAGGUACUCAAGUUGUACAGAUCCUGUAUUAGGCAGGCCUACAAGAAACCAACAGAAAAUCAGGACCAUUGGGUACGAUUUGUCCACGAGCAAUUCGACAAGUACAGGGCAAUCCCAAAGAGAGAUUUUGCUACUAUAGAACAUUUACUGAGAACAGGACAUAGGAGGCUUGAGAUGUAUUCAAAUGAUAAUAUAACAGAUGUCCAUUAA